AACGGAGAGUCAUGUUUCCAUCCGGACAUGUUUUUUAGCGGAAAUCCCAAAAUGUGUCGCGGUUAGUAAAUUAGGGGAUAAAUAAAAAUAAAGUUAUGAUUUAUUGAAUCAGAGGCUCCGGGAUGGCUACGCUGGUUCUGGAUAACGGAGCUUACUGGGCGAAGAUCGGUUACAGUCAGGACAAAGUCAGCGUAAUCCCAAACUGUCAGUUUCGCUCGAAGACGUCCAGAUUAAAAACUUUCACAGCCAACCAGCUGGAUGAGAUCAAAGAUCCUUCAGGUCUCUUUUACAUCCUGCCCUUUCAGAAGGGUUACUUGGUUAACUGGGAUGUCCAGAGGAAAGUGUGGGAUCAUCUGUUUGGGAAGGAGAUGUUUAAGGUGGAGUUUCCAGACACGAGCAUCAUCAUCACAGAGCCGUACUUCAACUUCUCCUCCAUCCAGGAGUCCAUGAACGAGAUCCUGUUUGAGGAGUACCAGUUCCAGUCGGCUCUGCGGAUCAACGCCGGGUCGCUCGGCGCUCAUCACUACUUCACCUCGAAGCCGUCGGAGCUCUGCUGCCUGGUGGUCGACUCAGGAUUCUCCUUCACCCACAUCGUCCCCUACUGUCGCAGUAAGAAGCUGAAGGAGGGCAUCCGCAGGAUCAAUGUGGGAGGGAAACUGCUCACAAAUCACCUGAAGGAGAUAAUCUCAUAUCGUCAGUUACACGUGAUGGAUGAAACGUAUGUGAUCAACCAGGUGAAGGAAGAUGUUUGCUACGUCUCUCAGCAGUUCUACAAGGACAUGGAGAUUGCACAGAUGAAAGGGGAAGAAAACACUGUAAUGAGGGAUUACGUUCUUCCAGAUUUCAGCGCCAUCAAAAAAGGUUUCUGUAAGCCGCGAGAGGAAAUGGUCUUUAGCGGAAAGUACAAGACAGGUGAGCAGACGCUGCGGCUGGCCAAUGAGCGGUUCGCGGUCCCGGAGAUGCUCUUCCAUCCGUCGGACAUCGGCAUCCAGGAGAUGGGAAUCCCGGAGGCCAUCGCUGACUCGGUCCAGUCACUGCCAGAAGAGAUGCACCCCCACUUCUACCAGAACAUCGUCCUGACCGGAGGAAACUUGCUGUUUCCUGGUUUUAGAGAGCGUUUGGAGGCGGAGCUUCGGUCCCUGGUCCCCGCCCACCUACCCGUGAACGUGUUCCUGCCUGAAAAUCCCGUCUGUUAUUCCUGGGAAGGAGGGAAGCUACUUGCUCACAGUCCGGACUACGACGAGAUGGUGGUGAUGCGGGAGGAUUACGAGGAGAACGGACACAUUGUCUGUGAGGAGAAGUUCGAUAUUUGAGUAAAAACUGAUUUUCAGAUCGUCUCUGAUCAGCGACGGAAACCAUCUUCAGAUGGACUCCAAACUCAUUUCACUGCGUCAGAAGAGGGGCGGAAGCACACAUUCCCAAAAACGUUUUUUAUUAACGGACUACUUAAAAAAUACAAAAUGUCUCCCGUUUUCCUUUUCCAAUCCAUUUUGUACCUCUAUCUGCUGAGUGUAUUAACCAACGAUUUGGGUUACAAAGUGGCUUCACAAAUCGACAGGAAGUUUGUUUUAUUCAGAUUUUUGGGUGUUUUCCACCUAAUAGACUUCAGUAAAUCUUCCUCUUUGUUGUUUUAUGUAUUUUUUUGGUAAACAUUUCCCUUGUAUUUCUUGUCCUGCAUUUUCCUUACUGUCAUCCAGAGUCUUCUCUGAUAGUCUUGUUUUAAACUUUGGUUGCUUUUUUAUGAUUUAUGUGAAAAAUAAACAGUGACAUCUCUGAAUAAUAAAGAAAAAAAGCAAAGUCCUGA